UUCGUCGUGCAAGGCGUUAACGACGUCGUGCAGGGCGUCGUUGUCGGCGUUACAAUCACACGACGUCGCUUGUUGUCGCGCUUUGAUGCCUUGAUACCAGCAUGGUCGACUUUCAAGUGUUACGCUGCUACGCGUGCGGGACUUUCCAGGUUCAUCAGGUGAAAAAUAGUUCAAAGUUUACCUGCAAAAUGUGUGGAGAGAAGCAAUCCGUUAAAAAGGUCUAUGCUGUGUCAAGUGGAAAAGACUGUCGCAUGCUUGUGCAGCAGCUCAACCGCUCACAAGGAGAGAAACUUGACCAGAGGGCUGCUGGCACGAGUGACGAUGGUUGCUCUAAAGAUGAUGACGGUGAUGACUGUGGAGGCAAUGUUGCUGAUCGCGAGCCGGAUGUCUGUGGAGAUGUAGAUGCGGAGAAAUCAACUUUAUCAUCGGCGCGGUGGGCCAGGUUUGUGGAGUCAACUGCACGAUGUGAAGAUGCUGACAAUGACGAGGAGGCUGAGUCGGUCACUCUCAACCAGAGUGAGUGGAUGGGAUGUCGACGCCAAGGUAGGGGCUUGACGCGGGUACGAAGAAGACAGGGUCCCAAAGAAGAUGAAGAAACAUUGCCUCACAUCGCAAAGAGAAAUCGAACUCUCGCUGCCUGGACACCAUAUGCAAAUGACACUAUUUGCCCACAAGGCAAAACCAAUCUACCUUUCCUUCAAGCCACAGUAGACCCUCUCUGCUCUCACGGAAAAAGUGACAUGACCUGCUCUCAGGACCAAGGCAAUUCUGUACACAUUCAGGAUAAAAUUGAAUAUAUUUGCAAUCAAGAAAACACCAGUGCUGUCUUUCCUCAAGGCAAAACUGACAUUGUUUCCUCUCAGAGCAAAAUUGAUUUUAAUCAGGACAAAACAUACCCUCUUGCCUCCCAAGGUAAAAGCAACUUUUGCCCUCAGAGCAAAACUGACAAAAUGUUUUCUCACCAAAAAGUGGUCUCUAUGUGCUCCCAGGAAAAUACUAGCUCAGUCUUUCUUCAAAAUAGCAAGCAUGUCACAUUAUUUCAAACAGAUGAUGAUUUUGAUGAAGACUUUUAAUGACAACAGGAGGUAGCCAGGAUGCUCGGGCUGAUAAUGGCUGAAACAGAGUGGAUAUUAAGUUGUUAGAGCCCUAAAACUGAGACUAUCUCAGGGACUUCAUGCAUUGCCAUUUUAUGCAUGCGAAGCCAGCAUUGCUGAUUAUUGUAAUGGAUGGCCAUUCCUUAACAUCCUGUGUCCUUUUCUUAGCAUAUGUAUUUCAUGAGGUUCAUAAUGAUAACACCCAUCGAUGAAGGAAACAUUUUAUUUUAAAAUUUAUUUUUUUCGAGAUGUGUGAUAAAUGUUGAUUGAUAACGUGUUAUUUGUCUUCAAUUCAAUCAGGUGAUUUCUCUUGCAGAUGAAUGUCAUUGUAACUUGAGAAUAUAUAUACAUAACUAAAGUUAUACUGGUAGGAACCUCCUGGUUACACCAGCCCACAGGGGAUUAUUGUGGC